ACAAAAUAGCCGCUGCUUGAGUGUCGUCAUCAAACUGCGUUUUGUACUGUAAGUGUGGAAAACACAUGAUAAUUUUGUGUUUUUUCUAGUUCAUUUGAAGUUGAGCGUUUAUAGUGAUUUAAAUAAUCAGAGUUCUUAACGAAUCUAGACAUGGUUAAUUGAUAUUCAGCGAACACCAUUUUCAAACUCGAGAUAGCUGAAAAGAACACACAAACUGUCCUGGAGUGAUUUACCUUUCUGAGGGAAUGUCUCUGUUUGUUGUAAACAGGUAUCUUGGAGAGGAGGUAAAUGGGAGCAUCUCGAAGGAGUCUCGCUCUCAGGCGUUACUGGCUAAGCUGCAACAGAAGGCCAAAGAGAAGCAGAGACAGAGUUUGACGGAAGAAACACAAAAGUCACCUAAAGAACGGACGCAAAAGAAUGUCAAAAAGAAAAGAAAAGCUGACAAGGACAGCAGUCAGGAGCCUGAACACAACAAGAAACGGAAAUCUGAAGCAGCAGCUGUUAUUGUCUCAGAGAAGGAUAACCACGACGAGCCGGUCGAGGAGGAGAAGAAGCAGACAAGUGCAAAUGAGAAGAAGAAGAAGAAGAAGAAGAAGAAGAAGAAGAAGGAUCAGUCAGGCAUUUCAGUGAAAAGUCUUCCUGACACUCCUGUGACUGGAAGAGCAGGACUGGAGGAAACAGGAGAAGGAGAAGAGAAAACGGAGACAGAAAACAUAGCACCAGAACAAACCGCGGAAAAGACUCCUGCUCCAACCGGGUUCACGGUCCUGGGAGGAUUUGACAACAAACCUGUCCAAAAGGUGCACAGAGUGCUCCCUCAGUGGCUGGCUCAGCCGGAUGUGAUUCACAGAGACAUUAAAGGACACCUGGUGAACAUCUCCGAGAUCCACGGACUCUCCGCUCUGCUCGUGAAGAAACUUCAGAAUAAUGGAAUCCAGAACUUUUUCCCAG